AUGGGAGAAUCACGACAAGAACUGGUAGCAUGGCUCAAUAACCUGCUUCAACUGAAUAUAACAAAGGUCGAACAAUGCGGGACUGGGGCGGCUUUGUGUCAGGUUUUCGACAGUAUCUUCCGCGAUGUGCCGAUGGGCAGAGUAAAAUUUAAUGUGAAUACGGAAUACGCAUAUCUGGCAAAUUUCAAGAUCCUUCAAAACUGUUUCAAACAACACGGUAUCGAUCGACCCGUUAACGUCGAACAGCUCAUCAAAUGUAAGAUGCAGGACAACCUCGAAUUUCUUCAGUGGAGUAAGCGUUAUUGGGAUCAAUAUUACCCAGGAGGUGACUACGAUGCCAACGCACGGCGACUUGGUUCAGGUGCCCCAGCGCCAGCAGCCGCUGCCCCCAGAGCAUCCGCUGGUGCAGCGCGACGAGGUACAACUCCUACGAUCGGUGGCGCGAGGGCUGGAAAGAGUGCGGCUGGUGGUGCGGGCAACGCUGCGCUACAACAAGAAAACAAUACAUUGAAGGAGACUGUCCAAGGUCUAGAGCGCGAACGGGACUUCUAUUUCAGCAAGCUCCGGGAUAUCGAGUUGCUGGUUCAGCAGGCGUGUGAGGAAGAUCCAGAGAUUGAGAGACAAGAAGAUGGUUUGAUUAAACACAUCCAAUCUAUUCUUUACUCGACAGAAGACGGCUUCGAGAUUCCCGCUGAAGCCGAGGUUGAUGAUCAAGAGACUUUCUAG